CGCCGCAGGCAGUUGCUAAUAGCAUCACACGCCAUUGAAUAGUUCCUCGAGUUCUCCAACUGGCUAUUCGGAAAGAAAAAACGAAAUUUAAAGUUCGAGUGUGAAACUAAAAUGGCCGAAAAUCGUUGAAAAAUUGUUUCCGUUUGAUUAAAAAUAAAGUGAAAAGAAACGCAGCUUCGACUGGCUGGCGAUCAAAAAAAUUUACGAAGUGGCACGUUGUUGUUUCGUGAUUUUAAUUAAAAGUGUGAAGAAUCUCUAACGAUGGUAUCGAAUCUCGCGGGCUGUCUCACUUUGUGCACGAUUUUCUUCGCCAGUUCAGCGGUCUGCCAAGAAGGAUUAUUGCCGAUCGCUUUAGCGAAGUCAUCAACUGAUAAUGAUCCUAAGUCCAUCGCCUCGAAGAUUCGUUGGAAAGUUUACAAAGGAGCCUCGAUAAAGGAAGCUAAGAUUCUGGACGUUCCUGUGCAAGACUCGCAGACUCUGUACGACAAUAUCGACUCGGACAAACCGGUGGUUUUCUACAUGCACGGUUUCCGCGACAGUCCGAAGGGCGAAAAUAUCCGAACGAUUGUUGCAGCUUAUCUCGAGCGAGCCACCGAUAAUAUUAUUGUUCUCGAUUGGAGCGAGAUUGCUUCGGAAAAUUACAUAACGCUCGCGGCCACCAGGGUACGCGACGUCGCCAAAGUCCUGGCCCGAAGCGUCGAUCGACUCGUGCAGCUGGGAUGCGAUCGCAAAACGAUUCACUUGGUCGGUCACUCUCUGGGGGCACAACUCGUUGGCUUUUUGGGAAAAUUCAGCAAAUACUCGAUCCCCAGGAUCACCGGAUUGGACCCCGCGUAUCCAGGAUUCUACCAUCUUGGGGCCGAGCACAUCGACGCCAACAGCGCCGAGCUCGUGGACAUCAUCCACACGGACGGCGGCGUUUAUGGAGUCGCGUCACCGACCGGUACCGUCGAUUUUUUCCCCAAUGGUGGGAAGAGACCCCAACCCGGGUGCAGCCUCCUCGCCGUGCCCUCCUCGGACGAAGGCAAACGAGCAGCGACGAAUCGGGAGGCGCUCCAGUCGAAGAUGCGAUUCAAAGUUUAUUCAGGGGCUUCGAUCGACUCUGCCGAGAUUUCGGACGUCCCGGUGCGGGAGCCGGAAGUGCUGUUUCGGUACAUCGACCCCGGGAAACCCGUAGUUUUGUACGUGCACGGAUACCGGGAGCAUCCCUCGAACGAGAGCGUUCGAACGGUCGUCGGAGCGCAUCUCGAGCGGGGCACCGACAACGCGGUGGUUCUCGAUUGGAGCGACUUGGCCUUUGAAAAUUACGCGUCGCUCGCCGCGAGCAGGGUGCGCGAGAUCGCGAAAGUGUUGACAGCGAGUUUCGACGAUCUCGUGCGGCUGGGCCUGGACCUCGAGGCUUUCCACCUGGUCGGGCACUCUCUGGGCGCGCAGAUUGCAGGUUUCGUGGGAAAAUUCAGCGCUAACGCGAUCCCCAGGAUAACCGGAUUGGACCCGGCGAAGCCUGGUUUUUACCACCGCGGAGCCGAGCACAUCGACGCGAAGAGCGCGAGGUUCGUGGACAUCGUUCACACCGACGCGGGCGUCUACGGGGCCUCGACGGCGACCGGGACCGUCGACUUUUUCGCCAACGGCGGGGCGAGGCCUCAGCCCGGUUGUCCGGUCCUCGGCUCACCCUUGUCCGGCGCAGGAAAGCUCGGGCAUUUCUUUCGCUAUUCAGAUUUGUGCAGUCACUGGAGGUCCUGGCAGUACUACGCGGAAAGCGUCGUGAACGAGGGAGCUUUCGUGGCCGUCCGGUGCGGUUCCUUCGCGGACUUGCUGUUGGGCAAAUGCGAUUCGAACGAUCGGGUUCUCGUCGGCUACGCGACGCCGGUUCACGCCCGAGGAUCGUAUUACUUCUCGACAAACGGCAGGUCGCCGUACGGCCAGAGCCCGCGAGCUCGGAGCGGCAACCUCGUGCGGAGACGCGGGCCAAUCUCGAGUCGAGUAACGCCCGUUUUUCAUCAACGUUAAUGGACAUUUUAUUGAAAAUUUCGAC